AUGAAGUACCUGCGCAAGCCAGAAUGGAUCGCGACGUUCUGCGGCGCGUUCCGAAUCAAUCCUCCUGCCAAUUUGACCGAGCGACACCUCAGGCAUGAGAAGUUCAAGGACAUGAAACAGUUUGAAUACUUCCUCUGGGAAGACAUCUGUAACCAGCCGCUCUUCGACUCCAUCAGUUUUGAGAUCUGUCGUAAACUCAACGUCCUUCAGGACGAUUUUUGGUUCGAGACAGACCAAGGACAUCGCCUGCGCAAUGUCGACGGAAUCCUGGAUAAGUUCAAGUAUCUCGACGGAGAGACAUCCCAUCGGGACAAGGAACAUCCCCCAGAGUUUCACGGCAAGCCUGUGAUUGACAUCCACGUCGUAGUGAAGCGCUGGGAGUGA